AUGAACCAGACAAAAGUUACCGGGGAGGACAAACCCACAGAAAGGGGAGCGGAACCAGUUGGAGCAUCACAGUUGGAUGCUACCACCAGCGGAAAAACUGAGCAGGAUAAAAAUGUAAACUUGAUUCAAGUGGAAAAUAGAAACACAAAGGUCACCGAAGAGAACUUGGCUGAACUGGGACUGGAUGACCUUUCACUGAUCGAUAAAACCGCAGGCGAUGACCUUUGGGCAACUCCAAUGGUCUCAGACGAAUCGAACGAGUCCUACUUCACGGAUGAUGAAGCGACGAUGAAUAUGUCUUUCCAAACUGCGAUGAAGGAAGCUGACCGCGCUGAAGGUAUGACACCAUUCAAGGACAUACCAGAGCACCUCAUUGAACGGACAACAACAGGAAAGGUCAUCAACGUACGACCACCGUCACCUAACAGUCCCACGUUAACUCUGAAGAGACGCGUGAAGGAGUUGGAAGAAGAACUUGAAGCCAAGGAAGGCCUGGUGACGAAGAGGAAACAGGAAUACCAAAAUCGGAUAGGUUCUUUGGAUGCUCGUAUCUUUGAACUGGAGCAACAACAAGCUGACUUGGAAAGCGUAGCGGAUGAAUGGAAGAUUAAAUACGAGCGUCAAAAGGAACUCGCUGAGGAGUACCUGAAAAUGGUAGAUGACAGAGAAAUGGAAGGUCACCUUGCAGUCAGCGAGUUGAAUGAAAGUAUGUCCGAAGAAUCAGCUGAAAGGUCACGGCACUUAGCCGAAUUGAAGGAUGAAUGUGACUUACUUAAACUUAAGGUCACCGAAGCGGAAACGAAACGAGAUGAAUACGCAACCAAACUCGCCGAUGCUACUCAGAGGUUGUUGACGAACACCACUGAAGUCUUCAAGCUCAGGAAUGACCUGAAGCUGCGUGACGAGAGUAUCGGGACCCUCCAGAAAGAGUCGUACGAUCACCAGAGAAGGGCUGAUGAAGCCGCUAAGGUGGCAAAGGACUUACGAGAUCUCACAGCUACCGAAGGUGUACGGUUGAACAAUGAAAUAAGACAGGUGAUGCAAGAGAACAAGGUGUUGAAGGAGGACAACAAAAAGGUCACCGAUGAGAUCAAAGAGUUAAAGGAAGCCGCCAAGACAAUUGCAGAACAAGGCGCGAUGUGGGAACAUGAGGCACACCUCUUGGAUGAAAAGGUCACGGUGCUCGAACUGAAAGAUAAAGAAUGGCAACAGACGGUGCAUCAGAAAACACAGGAGAUCAUCAGACUCAACACGGAGCUGAUCGAUAUGACCCAAACGGCAAUGACGAGGGAAGAUGAGGUCACCCGUACAAAAAACCAGCUGAAAGCGGCAGCUGAGGAAUACACGACGUUGGAAAGGGAUGUGACCCAGUUGGCGGAACACAUUAAGAGGAUGGAGAAUGAUACUGAAAAGGUCAUCCAGGAGAAGACCUUCCAACUCCAUCAGCACAUGCUAAAGGUCAACGAGGAGAAUCAGAAUUUGAAAACGGAAAAAGAGGAAUUCCAGUUGAAAGUCCGUCGCCUUGAAGAUGAAAAUAAGGCGCUCAACAUGUCGAAUAAACACAAAAAUGAACAACUGCUGCAAUAUGGAGUCAGAACAGCAACAGUGGAGUCACCCCCGCCCAGUUACAGAAGCGUAAAAGCGGAACGAGAAGGAGAAAAGGGUAAAGAAGACAAAGAGCCACCUUCGGAAAGUAACCCGCAUAUGAGUCGAGGUGACCCUUCACAAUUUCCCUCGCACUUUGAAACAAACGUGUUCAUGGAUGAAGGGCGACGGGACAGACCCUCCAGCCGGCAGGAGCGUCCUAGGAAAUCCCGUUAUGGAAAGGCGAAACGAAAUCAAAACAAUGAUGAAAGUAGCGAGGAGGAGGAGGACCAGAGAGCAGAAGAUACAACGGCGCAGUUGACAAAAGCGCUCAACUCGAUGGCUCGAAAAAACACACUCGUGACCUUUGACGGCAGUCGCGACGCAGUGAAUGGUUGGACACAACUGGUCAGAGAUACCCAACGAACGUAUCAUCUCACCGACGACCAAAUCCUAAUUGAGAUAGCCAGCGCAGUAAAAGGACCAGCGAAAACCUGGUUCGAAGGAGAGAGAGAGAUCGCACUCCAGGAGGAAACAGAAUAUACAAUUACGGAAUGGAUGGCCAAAUUCAAAGAUGAAUAUGGAGACCGUGAUGAAGAAGUCCUCGGACUACGAGAAGCCAUGGAGGUCUUGGAGAAGGAACGAUCGAAGUCGGUUGGCGAUCUAAAAGGUCAAGAGACUUUGCCGCAAGAGGAGAAGAAGACAGCCGAACCAAAAUCAGCGGGGUCAUCAUCAAGAUCAUUGGCAAAGCUGAGGAUCGACGAAACAGCGACAGCUGACCCAACGGAUUCGACAUCCUCCCAGAAAAGUAGCGAUACACCAGCGAAGGAGGCUACAGAUUACACGUUAGGGCCGGCAUUGGACGUAAACAACCGUACAUGGAAGGAAGUCCAAAAUACGCUCCAGAUGGUCAGAGAAGGCGAACUACUUGGCCCCGAACUGAAGAGACAAGUGGCUGAAAACUCGAAGGGGAGGUCGUCACUCAAUAUGACCGAAAGAGUUCUGAAACGAGCAUACAAGGAAGGGAAAUUAGGAUGUAAAUACAACAAGGACAACAAGGUCAUUUAUUACCUACCGGAACAGGGCCGAGAGCGUACUCCUAGACUUCCAAUGGUAUUAGAGGCAUGGAAGAUAGCCAUCAAAGACGUGGCUUUGGACGCCAUCGGAGGUACCAACGGAGCGUCAUGGGGUGACCUUUCAAAUUUCAUGGCCGUUCAUUAUGAAUUGGGCGAAUUGAACAUCGAGAAAGAUAAGGAAUGGAUCAAGAAUGCGGUGGAAGCUUUGAUUGCGGACGAAGCAGUUCACAUCAACAGCGAUGGCCGGAUAGAUUUUCCACCGUUACCACCACCGGAGAAAGAAGCAGAAUGA